GCUUUGUGGAGUCUGAGGCUGCAGCAGCUGCAGGAGUCAGAGUCUGGACAUGUGACCGUUUACACAGGAAGAGGAGGCAAGGAAUGAGUCACAGAUUCCUGCUCCAGGAAAUAUACUGAUCCACUAAGCUGCAGCUGCAGGGGCUUCAUCACCUGCUGCAGGAAAUACCCUGAGUCACACAGCUGCUUCACCUCCUCCCGCAGGAUAUACCCCGAUCCCGACAGCUUCACCUCCUCCUCCUCCUCUGCACCAUGCUGUGGGGCCGUGUUCUCGGUCUGUGUCAGUAUGAAACCAGCAAGCUGGUCCGGAUCCAGAGCGUCCGGCUCGGGUCUCUGAAGUGGAGCCUGAACGGAGCCAUUCUGCUGGUGAUCUGCCUCAUGAUGCUGUGGAACAGGCAGUACCAGGUGUUUGACCCGGUCGUGAGCUCGGUCACCACCAAGGUGAAGGGUGUGGCCCAGGUGCUCCUGCCCGGGGUCGGGGACGUGGUCUGGGACGUGGUGGACUACAGCGGAACCUCUCAGGACAAAAACUCUUUCUUCGUGGUGACAAAUGUUAUCGUGACAAAGAAUCAGAAGCAGGGGAAAUGCCCAGAGGUUCCCAGAAACGGCCGGAAGUGUAAGACUGAUAGAGACUGUGAGAGAGGAGCCUGGGACCAACAGAGCCACGGGAUUCUCACGGGAUCGUGUGUGAAGUUUGACGUGUUGACGAAAACCUGUGAGGUGUCCGCCUGGUGCCCGAUAGAAACCAAGACCGCUCCUCCGAGACCUGCUCUUCUGGCAGCAGCUGAGAACUUCACCGUCCUCGUCAAGAACAACAUCAGAUUCCCUGCGUUCAGCUUCAUCCGGAGGAACAUCCUCCCGCAGAUGAACGGCGCCUACCUGAAGAGCUGCCAGAGGGAAAACGACUCGCUGUGUCCCAUCUUCAGGUUGGGAGACAUGGUUCGAGAGGCGGGGGAGAAGUUCUCUGACAUGGCCGUAGAGGGUGGCGUCAUCGGCAUGCUGAUCAAGUGGGACUGUAACCUGGACUGGCUGAUGCGGCGCUGCCUGCCCAGAUACUCCUUCCAACGCCUGGACGAGAAGGAGAGCAACAAGACGCUGUACCCCGGCCUCAACCUCAGAUUCGCUAAGUACAACACAGUGAACGGAGCGGAGGAGCGGACGCUCUACAAGGCUUUCGGCAUCAGGUUUGACGUCAUGGUGUUCGGACAGGCGGGAAGGUUCAGCUUCAUUCAGCUCAUCAUCUACAUCGGAUCAACGCUGUCGUACUACGCUCUGACCACCAUGUUUCUCGACUGGCUGAUUGGAACCAGCUGUUACUCUGCAGAGGUCGGACAAAACUACUCCCAGAGGAAAGUGGAGUCGGUCCAAGACCAACAGAAGUGUGUCCUCUGUGUGUCACAUGUGGACGAGAACAACAUUCGACUGGUGAAGAAAUCACUGAAGAAAAGUUUACAAGACGUCAAACCGGUGUCUGUUCUGCCACGUCAGCAGGAGGACACAGGACACCUGAGAGCCGUCCUCUGUCUGUUACAGCCGGAUGUCCACAUGAAUCACGACGCUCGUCCUCCCCCCGACCAGGAAGCCGACCCCAAGCCUAAAGCCCCCCGUCCGGCCUGGUGUCGGUGUAACUGCUGCGCUCCCUCCCCUCUCCCGCAGGAGGAGCUGUGCUGCAGGCGGAGCGAAGGCGCCUGCAUCACCUCCUCCCCUCUGUUCAAGCAGCUGGUGCUCCAUCGCCCCCUGUUGGAGGCUGUCCUACUAUACAGGGAACCCUUGUCUCCACCUGCGGAUGGAGGCCUCACCUCGGCCCUGCGUCACUGCGCGUACGGACAGUACAUCAGCUGGAGAUUUGGGCUCCCACCCCCCGACGCCCACCCUGCCAUCCCCUCCUGCUGCGUGCGGAGGGUCCGGGAGUCGUACCCGAGCCCGGACGGACGGUACAGCGGCUUCACACCUGCCCGGACGGUGUCCAUGCAGGGCUGCGCUGACGGACACGUGUGAGGGGAGUGUUCCCUUCUACCAGGGCUGUCAUGUUGGAUCUGCUUGUCAAUGUCAAGGGAAAUGCAUUAACUUCACUAACCUGAGUGGAAGACGAGGAGAAACCUCAGAGGCGAUAAAUCUCUGCAUUUUCUAAAAUCAUCUGUCAUUUGGCUGCUCAGUAAAAACAUGUAUGAAGGAUUUUCUUUUUCCCCAUUUCACUGUUUAAGCAGCGUUUUGCCUUUAAAAGGACAGAAACAUCUUCUUUAUCAUCACAGACCUGCUCAGACGACGUCUCCUGACAGGAAUGUUCACAUCCGUCACACGGAAACAAGAGUUUUGCUUCAGUGUGACAAUUUUGCUUUUGUACAAAUUAAACAACUGACAUAUUAACUUUAAAGGCACUGACAGGUUGGUGUCUUACCUACUCACAGCCGCAGGCUAGCACUUUCCCCCCGUUUCCAGUCUUUAUGCUCAGUACCACGUUAACAUGGACACAAACAAUCUGACCUUUGACCUUACUCUCAAGGUUUCAUUUAUUAAAAUUUGAUUUGCAGGAAAGAACAACAUGCUUGAAAGUUUUCAGCUGUGAAUCCUGAACUGCAUCAAAACUAACAGAGCUACUUAUAAUAAAGAAAAAUACAUUUAAUCAAAAACUAAACUAAUAAACUAAUAAUAAUAUCAAUAAUGAAGAACAUAUAGUGUAAAGGAAUUCAUAUAUUUUGGGAUCAGAAGCAAGGGCAGAGAUCAUAAAUCCAAACUAAUCUAUUAACUUAUAAAACAUCUUCUGAAUGAGAUUUUUUAAAUUGUGAUGUUUACAUGAGUUGCUAAUAGAAUAUUCCACUCGUGA